AUUCUCAAAAAUUCCUUAUCCCUCAACAGAAAUAAAAGGCCUCUUGUCUUCUCUCUCUGCUCUUAUUUUGUCCUACUUUAUUUUUUACAACAGAAAGUCAUUUUUUUUAAAACAAACUAAAAAUUAAAAAAAGUCAUUCUUUUUAAACCCAUAGAGCUAACGAAAGUGCACCCAAAAAAGUAAUAUUCACGCACUAGUGAAUUACUCCCACACUCCCUCAACCCCGCAACCCUAACCCCAACCCAACCAACCUAACAAGUCUCCUGAACCUAAAACCCUGAAAGCGCACUUCCCAGUUUCCCUACUCUUUCCUCUCCGUCGCCGCCAUGGACAUCUCAACAAUUCGACUCAAUUCCAGCUCAAUCACACCGGCAACAUCAACAUCUCCGGCGCCGUCGAGUCACCGGAGUGGGAGCCUCAGCUACAACGGAACCAAUAGCUGUAGACUCCUUCAGUUCCAGCAGCAAAGGAAGAAGGGAACUUGUUCUUCAAUCAUCGUUUGUUCGACAAAGCCGAUUACUCCGGUACUUGACCAACAAGGAGUCAACGAGUCAGGACUGAGUCGAAUUGAGUCGCUGAGUCAAGUAUCAGGUGUAUUAGGUUGCCAAUGGGGUGAUGAAGGAAAAGGAAAACUCGUUGAUAUUUUGGCUAAGCAUUUCGAUAUUGUUGCUCGUUGUCAGGGCGGAGCCAAUGCUGGUCACACUAUUUACAAUUCUGAGGGGAAGAAGUUUGCUCUGCACCUUGUCCCUUCGGGAAUUCUCAAUGAAGAAACUGUAUGUGUUAUUGGUAAUGGAGUCGUGGUGCAUCUACCGGGACUGUUCAAAGAAAUUGACAAUCUAGAAGCUAAUGGAGUUUCUUGCCAAGGAAGGAUUUUGGUAUCAGAUCGUGCUCACUUGUUAUUUGACUUUCACCAAGAAAUAGAUGGGCUUAGAGAAGCUGAGUUAGCUAAUUCCUUUAUUGGAACCACCAAGAGAGGCAUUGGGCCUUGUUAUUCAAGCAAGGUUAUUCGAAAUGGCAUAAGAGUAAGUGAUUUAAGGCAUAUGGACACAUUCCCCAAAAAGCUUGAUCUUUUAUUAUCAGAUGCCAGUUCAAGAUUCCAGGGUUUUAAAUAUGGCCAUGACAUGCUCAGAGAGGAAGUAGAGCGCUAUAAGAAAUUUGCUGAGAGGUUGGAGCCAUUCAUUACAGAUACUGUGCAUUUCAUGAAUGAUGCUAUAUCUCAGAAAAAGAAGAUUUUGGUAGAAGGUGGUCAGGCAACUAUGUUGGAUAUCGAUUUUGGGACAUACCCUUUUGUCACUUCAUCCAGUCCAUCUGCGGGAGGAAUCUGCACAGGUCUUGGCAUUGCUCCCAGAGUUGUCGGUGAUCUUGUUGGUGUGGUUAAGGCAUAUACCACAAGGGUUGGUUCUGGUCCUUUCCCAACAGAAAUCAUGGACAAAGGCGGUGACCUUCUUCGUUUUGCCGGGCAGGAGUUUGGCACAACUACUGGACGCCCGCGUCGCUGUGGUUGGCUGGACAUAGUUGCACUGAGAUACUGCUGUCAAAUAAAUGGAUUUGCUUCUCUAAACCUAACAAAACUAGAUGUGUUGUCAGAUCUAUCAGAAAUUCAGUUGGGUGUUACGUACAGGCAUCCUGAUGGUUCAGCUUUAAAUUCUUUUCCUUCUGAUCUAAGUCUUCUUGAACAAAUAAAGGUGGAUUAUGAAGUUUUGCCUGGAUGGCAGGCUGAUAUUUCUUCCAUCAGGAAGUAUUCCGACUUGCCCAAGGCUGCACGCGACUAUGUAGAAAGGAUAGAGGAGCUUGUCGGGGUACCCAUUCACUAUAUUGGUAUUGGGCCUGGUCGUGAUGCCCUUAUCUACAAGUGAUUUUUGAUUUUUUUCGUCAUAUUGCUGGAAUCAUAUUCUUCAAAUUGCCGGUAAACCUUAGGCCAGGCUUGUAGUAACACUGGGAAUUAUCAAUUCGAUGACAUUGCUUAACAUAACAAUUAUGUAUGUCUAGGAUUUUGUUGAACCUCCAAAGAAUAGUCAGUUAAAGAAUGCCACCAGCUUGCUCGAGUGAUGAAGCUUUUGCCUAUAUUGAAUUAUUUGCCUUCUAA